AUCCCUCCAUUCGUAAUCUUUCAUGUUGCUGAGUCCACUCCCACAAAUCUUGUUGGCUUGUGUUCCUGACGAAUUUAAGUCUACGAUUAGGAUUAAGUGAUUAACUCGUCUGAGCCGGUGCGGUGUCGGAAAAGAACUCAACAAACCGCGGGUGCCCCCGACAGGGGAUUUCGCCAAUGAAUCGACUCUGCAGAACGCAUCGCAGCCGGUUCUGAAUCCCUGCAUGUUUACGACUAGAAAAAGCACGAAUCGAGAUCACUUAAGAAAUUAAAAUGUCUUCCACUACCAGUGCUGCAGAAUGUUCUGCAGACCAGGGCAAAGAAAAAGAAACCGCAGGAACUACUGUUCCAGACGGCAACCAGGAGACGACUGAAAGUCGUAAAAUUGUUGAAAAAUCGGCAAAUCACAAAAAUGAAAAAGAACAGAAUAAACAGGAGAAGAGUGAAGAACCACAUGCCAGUAAUGCCCGCCCUAAAGAUAAAGUUUAUGAGGGAAACUCGAUGAAAUUCGAGUUGCAUGUGCUUAAAAACAUUUCAAUUUAUAUUGACAGGAAAAAAGAGCUGAAAACUAUAAAAGGUGAUCUCGACAGAUCGAUAAAGGAUCCUUCAACGAUCACACCUUUUAGAAGGCCAGGUGAAGGAUCAAAGCCAAUAUUUCAAAGGCCAGAAUUAGAACGUGUAAUCAACAAGCCUUUGGAUGAUGAUUUAGACAGAGAAAAAAAGCAUGACAGUUAUCGGAGUAGAAGCAAAGAGUCGUCUCACAGCAGAAAACGUCGUUCGCGCUCGUGGUCUUCUGACAGGAGGCAUAGACAUAGAGAAUACCUAGAAGAAAGAGUCAGAAGAAAAUAUAGGCAUGCAGACCACUCUCCAAGUCCAACAAGGGACAGAUAUUUCUCUGUUGAUGAAAGAAAAUCAGAUUACAGAAAGAGUAAAAUAAGAAGACCCGGAGAAACUCGCGAAAGAAGGUCUCGAUCACGUAGUUCUUCUAAAUCUGGAGAUCGUAAACGAAGUAACAGCAGGGAAAGCAGUGUUGAAAGUGAAAAGAAAAGGCUUGUAAAAUCGAAAGAAACCAGGCACACGGAUCAUCAUAUAAUGCCGGAAGAUAAUGAAUAUAUGAGCCAUGAAGAAAUGGCAAUGGGUCCUAGAAUGAUGCAUCCUAUGAUGAUGCAUCCUCCAUAUUAUAGACCUCAGGUCAUGUUACCUCCGGCUAUGUUUCGUCCUGGGCCUGCCUUUAUGCCCCCUUUUAGGCCUAGAUUUCCUCGAAGAUUUAGACCGCCGAAACAGCCUUAAAAGAAAACUGUACUGCCAGUCUUAUAUGCACAUACUGUUAAACAAGAGAAAUAGUUUAUUUUAUGAUUAAAAUAAA